UUCAUGUCAGAACCAUGUCUGCGCUGGAGGUUCUGCUGCAGUCGUUCUGCUCGGCGUCUCUGCUGGGGACUCUGCUGGUUCUGGUCCUGGUCUACUUCAUCUCCACCCGGUCCGGACCUCAGGAUGAGAGGAGAGAACCUCCCGGGCCGAGAGCGCUGCCCCUACUGGGGAACCUGCUGCAGCUGGACCUGAGCAGGCCGGACUGCAGCCUGCUGGAGUUUUCCCGCCACUUUGGUUCCGUCUUCACUGUGCACUUCGGACCCAAGAAGGUGGUGGUUCUGGCCGGGUACCAGACGGUGAAGGAGGCGCUGGUGGAGCACGCGGAGGAGUUUGGAGAGAGAGACUCGGUCCAGAUCCUGCACGAGAUCAACCAGGGCCACGGUGUCCUGUGGACCAACGGGGACUCCUGGAGGGAAAUGAGGCGUUUCUCGCUGAUGAACCUGAAGGACUUUGGAAUGGGCCGGAAGGUGUGCGAAGACAAGAUCAUUGAGGAAUCUCAUCACCUAAUGCGAGUCUUCCAGAGCCAUGGAGGUCUGACGUGUGGCUCGGCUGACGUGGUGCCGCUGCUUCUGACGCAUCUGCUGCUUCCAGGUCGAGCCUUUGACUCCACCUUGCCCAUGAACUACUCCACUGCAAACAUCAUCUGCUCCAUGGUCUACGGCGACAGGUUCGACUACGAGGACCCGCACUUCCAGGCCAUGGUGUCCCGACUGAACGAGAACGUCCUCCUGCUGGGGUCCCCGUCUGUUCAGGUGUACAACCUGUUCCCGUGGCUCGGGAAGUGGUUCGCCAACCGCCGGCGGUUCCGGCAGCUGUACGACGUCAACAUCCAGGAGAACCUACAAACCUUCCGGCAGCUGGAGGAAACACUGAACCCACACCUGUGCCGCGGCUUUGUCGACGCCUUCCUGGUGCGCAAGCAGAGUCUGGAGGACUCGAACGUCACCGACAGCCACUUCCACAACACCAACCUGCUGAUGACCGUCCUGCACCUGUUCGCCGCCGGGACCGAGACCACGGCCACCACACUGAGGUGGGGGCUGCUGCUCAUGUCCAAGUACCCGGCCAUACAGCAGCGGGUCCACCAGGAGCUGAGUGCUGUGGUGGGCCGACGGCAGAUUCAGGUGGAGGACCGCAAGAACCUGCCCUACACCGACGCCGUCAUCCACGAGAUCCAGAGAUUCGCCAACAUCAUCCCCCUGUCCCUGCCCCAUCGGACCAGCCGUGACGUGACCUUUCAAGGUCACUUCAUCAGGAAGGGCACCACGGUGUACCCGCUGCUGACCUCCGUCCUCUACGACCCCAGCCAGUGGGAGACCCCCGACUCCUUCAACCCCCGACACUUCCUGGACAACCAAGGGAGGUUUGUCAAGAGAGACGCCUUCCUGCCCUUCUCUGCUGGUCGCAGGGUUUGUCUGGGCGAGAGUCUGGCCCGCAUGGAGCUCUUCAUCUUCUUCACCUCGCUGCUGCAGAGCUUCAGGUUCUCGCCUCCUCCCGGGGUCUCGGAGGAAGAGCUGGACCUCAGUCCUCGGGUGGGUUUUACCCGGAACCCAAGAGCCCAUCAACUGUGCGCUGUCCCACGUGAGUGAGGGGAGGAGCUUCGCCAUGGCCAUGAGUAGAAUUGUAGGUAGUGCCCCCUGCAGGCUGGCAGGUGCGCUGCGGGUCGGGGGGGUUUGAUGCUAACCGCAGCUUUGCUAAUCUAGAAAUGAGCGCUGACGCCGGGUCACGUGAGGCGAGCUGACUAAUCAGAGAGAGGCGUUGUGAUCCGCUAUGAGAUGAACAAUAAAAACAAGACA